AAAAAGUACGGCGGAAAAACUUCAAAUUUUCUGUGGAGCGGAUGGAUACGGGUGUAUAAUGUCGGUGAAUAUUACAGUCAAUGGUAAUUUUGUUACCAAACAUUGCCAAAAGAAUCCUUUGCUACUGGAUCGUGAGAAAGCGAAAAAGGAAUUGGAAGAGGAGAGAAGAAAGAAACGUUUGCUGCAGGUUCGGCAGCAGUCCAAACAAAUCGCCGAAAAGAUACGCAAUGAUGUUAAGGAAACAAAACGCAAAGAAUUACAAAAAUACGAAGCAACAAAGGCUCAAGAGUUUGAAGCAUGGCGUAAGGAGGCUCUGCAGCAGAAUAAGAAUGAAUGCAAUGAAGCCAUAUUCCAGCUAGGGGCAGCACAUAAAGCUGCCAAAGCGGAAAAUCAAGCGAGGGCCGAAAAACAAGCGGCAGCCACAGCCACUAAACCUCAAGGUUCGUAUAAGGAGUUUAGAAAACAAAUGGAAGCUCGCCGAAACAAAAAUGAGAAUUUACAAAAGGAAAAACCAGCACCAACAACAACCGUAAGCAGCAGUAAAGGGCAAAGUUGUUCGGAAUGUCAGUACAAAUGUAAAUGUUAUACAAGAGGUCAAGAAGAGGCACAAAAAAGGAAACGAGACUCCUGUUUAUUUUCAAGUGACUCGGAAACACUUGGCAGUGACGAGGAAACAUCUAAUGAAGAGACCUUAAAGGAUACUCCAUCACUUACAAGUUUAUCGCCAUGUAAAACGCCUACAACUACAACAACCUUCAGCAAUAACAUAGCCACCCAAACUUCAAUAAUAAAACCCGAAAAGAAUCUGAAACAAACUCCGGCAGUUUACAUGGAUGUGGAAGUGGGUACAGAUGAUUCGGUUCUAAUUGCUGGACCGGUAGAAAUAAAAGAUAAACAUGCUGAAUACAAUCGACAAUUUAGCAGUGUAAUAAGGGUCAGUCCUAAUAAUAAGAAAGUUACAUCGAUUUCGACAACGACCACGUCAACAACUGAGGAUAAAGAAAAUUCCAAUGAUUGUAAUAAAAACAUUUCAAUACCUCCAUCUAAGACGAAAGAGAAACGUUUUACCCUAAUAUCGAACUUAGUAAAGAAACAAGAGGAACAACCUAAAAAUUCUAAAGGUAUAUCACCCAGUAAAAAAAGAACCACCGAGGUGCAGCAACAUAGUUCACCACGCAAGUUUAUAGCAAUGCCUGCACCGCUGACUAGACCUCCAGUGGCUCCUCCUAUGUCCAAAGCAAUGCCACCACAAAAGGAAAGUAUUUCUUCAAAGGUUACCAGUAGAGGUCAUCAACUAACCCAGCCAACAACCACAACAAAAUCAAUUUCUACAGCUUCAGCUAAUACCGUUGCCAUGGGCAGCCUGACCAGUAGUUGUGGACGAGUACAAUUUUAUGAUUACAACAGUAAAUUGAGCAAGGAGGGAACACAAAAUUCGGCCAAUGUUGAAGUUAUACAGCAACGUGACACAGUACAACCAACAGCAAUGGAACAGGCUGCUGUCGAAAAUCGUUUGCAAUAUGAUAGGCAACAGGAUAUGUUGGAUAAACAGAAACAAAUGAUGGAAAGAGGCCAAAAGGCUUUGGAACGAGAGCAAGUACGACGGGACUGUAAUGAUCUCACUGAGAAGCUAGAAGCUCUGACAAAACAAUAUCCUCGACAAGUGCCAAUAAAUGUAAGUUUAAUAUUAGAAAUAUAUGUAUUACGGAUCCAAAAUCAUUCACUAUUUGUCGAUAAACAAUUACGAUUGGAGGGUAAAAUGAAUUCAGCGGUAGAAAAACUUCUCAGUAGACCACAAAUUAUUACCUGUUCCGAAAUGGAUGAGAGCGUUAAGAAACCCCAACAAGCAGCAGCAGUAAAUAAACCUAAAAUAAACAAUGAAAUAAAUGUUGGAGCUUUCAACUCAAGUAAUGAUCAUCAGGCUUAUGAUGAUGUUGCUAGUGACAGUUGUUGCUCCAUUCUACUGGGCUAUGUUGAUGAUCAAAGCCGUCAAGUUCGUAAAGAUCUGGAACAAUGGUCGGAUAAAGAAGAUAGUCAAAAACAAAAACGUCUUAAAAAUUUACUACAACGUCUUGACAAGCUGCGACAUUCCAUCAUGCAGGAAAUACAAAAUAAUAAAACUAAUAAAAAGGACAAAUCGAAAUCGCCAACUACGAAAAGUGAUGAUAAUUAUCGCCAACUAAUAGAAGAUAUAUCAACUUUCCGUCAGGAAAGGGAAAAUAUUAUGCUGGAUGGAAUUGAAAUUCGAAAGGAGAAAUCUUCAACGUGUAAGGAAAAGCAAAUCACCAAGGAGUGUGAUGAGAACAAACAAACAAAGAAACAUUGCGAUAAAAAGUUACUUGCCGAACGGGAAAAGCUCUUGGAACAAAAAGAAGCCAUAUUGGAGGAAAAGUUAAGGGAAUUCUAUGAGCUACAGAAACAAAAUAAUAAAACGCCCAAGCCAAAAAUGGAAACAAAACCAAGCCAAUCUCCCACUGAGAAAAUUGCCAAAGGUGACGAUGAUAAGAACAAAGAAAAUAAAGAAAAUAUCAACUGUAGUUCCUUGGAAACACCUGUGGAAAUUAUUAUAACCGUUCAGGGUGAAACAAAAUGUGUUAAAAUACCACUUAAAAAUAAUAAAAAGAAAACGGGUCAUAAGAAGCCAUCUCCCACACACUUGGCUACAUUAAUUAAAAGUCCGCAUGCCAAGGUGAGUAACAAAAAAUUAACACCUAAAAAGGUUAUACCUAGUAAAGAAUCUACCACAAAGCCGGUACCCCCUUUGGUGAGACACAAUUCCUAUGAUUCCAAUUCCACAUCCUAUAUGAGUUUACCUUCGCAAAUUCCCACACAAUUGGGAACUUUAGUGGACAGGACAACACAAAAGCAAAUGCUACAGUAUAAUUCCGCAAUGGAAACCUCUACAGAAACGGAUGUGGAUGAUGGAAGGGAGGUUAAUAAAAAGCCAGUACCUCAUAUCAAUCCUCUAGUUGCUCAAUAUGUCCAACGACUUUUGGGUAUGUCACGCAAAACAAUACAACGUUUAGCUGUAAGUUCUUCAGACAUUGAGACGCCUAGCUCCUCGAUCAUUAACACUUCGGGUAAUAAUAGCCCCAGCAAUUCAUUGCUUUCGGAUGAGCGUAUGGCUUUUGUUGAAAGUUUUGUACAAGAGAAUCGAAGUUUCAUAAAAGAAUUGGAACAAUCGAUGAGAGCACAAAGUAAUGCCUCAUUAGAGGAUAGUAUGAAGGCAUUCGAUGACAUUUGGCGUAAACGUUUAAAACAAAAACAACAAAAUUCAAAAUUCAAUAAACCACUAGAUCAAAGGAAAAAUCAUCAAGGGGAUUUUAAAAAACUAAAAACUGCAUCAAGUCCCAAAGCCGUUAGGUGUCAGAAAAAGGAAACCUCAAAGGAGGAAAUACAAAGUAAAGAAAUAAGCAGUCAAUCGAAACAUAACGAGAAGCAGCAUUCCAUGCCCAAGGGAAUCACAAAACUUGCCAACAAAUAUCCUGUGAACUUAGAACAUUCCACUGGGGAAACCGAAAGUAGCCCAGAAAUGCUGGAAAAACUUAAAGCGAAAUCCAAGCAAAGACUUUCAACUAAAGUAGACAAAGCUGUUGAAACGAAGUUAUCCCAAGAUCACAAUAAAUCGGAAUCUGACUCACAAAUAGCUCGUUAUGCUCAAUUGACGGAAAACUGCACACAUCGUAUUGCCGAACUGACAGAGCUCAUUAACCGUGUGCGUGAGGAAAAACAAAGAUUGCUGGAGGUUACCCUUAGUUCGGUCAGUGACAAUGGUAGGCAAUCAACGGAAUAUUUAGAAUUGCCCGAGGGUAAGAGCCGCACGAGUAACCAUAAUGAAGGUGAAUCGAGCAUGGCCAGUAGCACUGAAGAAGUUACUGCAACUACUGCCAAAUCCGCACCCACUUUGGGGGAUAAGAACCAACCACUCCAAUUAUCCAAUGUAGAUAAGAAUCAUCCAAUAGCUGCUAGUCGGGAUAGUGGUAUUGCAGAAUCCAGACCCAUCACUGCUCAAGAGCUUCGCCUAGAUCUUGAACCAAUAUCGCAAACCUCAACCACAGAAUCACACGGUGCCACGCAACACCGUAAAACUAAACCUCCACCUACCUUGCGAAGAUUUAGUCCACAAUUCCGUGAAGAAGAUUUGGUUCAUGAAUUGUCGACCAUUUUAGAAGUGGAUACACCAGCAAAUUCACGUAUAAAUACAGCGGCAAGUCAAAAAUCGGAGGAACAAAUUACAGUGGCCAGGGAAAUGGAGACAUCUCAGCAGAACCAUGAACCGGUAAAGUUUCCCACAUUCGAAGAAUAUGUACAGCGUAUGAAUUUGGAUAUAACACAACUUGAUACGGAACAAAGUUCUUUAUUGAAAGCCGAAUUUUCUCAUUUCCUUGAGGAUAUGCAGAGGAGUCGUCUAAAUGGAAAUAAACAUCCUUCUCCACCCCAAUAUAAUGAAUUCCCCUCCAUUAACGGUUACUUAAAUCAAACCAAACCCGAAAUAACGGAUCAAACAGAACUAAUGGAAGAUUCAUUGGCACAGCUGCGUAUAAAUGAUCUGAAGCCAAAAACUUUUCCACCUGUACGCGAAUAUGUAAAACAGAAAUAUAAAGAAAAUGCGAAUGAUGGUGGAUCCAAUGCACACUCACCUGAUGAUCCUCAGAUGUUAUUGGAUACCGAAAGCUUAGAAAAUAUCACCGAUAUUGUAACCAAUACCGAAAGUGAAUCAGCAUCAUUGGAUAUUGAGAAAGAACUGAAACAACGUAAAAUUCUAAAGCACUCAUUUCGCUAUACAAAACCCAAAGAAAUAUUCUCAUCCACUGCCCAUCAUGAUGUGGGUGAAUUCUAUCAAGAAUUAAUGGGUUGUGAGAGUGGCAUUGAAAGAUUAUCUACCUCGGAAACAACAACAACACAACUGGAAACCGAUCUGAAAAGAAUGGUUAAUCAGUGGUCCAAAGAGAACAAAGAUAAGCCACAACAAUAUCAGUCUUUAAGCAGUACAACAACAAGUUCAUCCGCAGUUGAAAAGUUAGCAAAGUCUACUUCUUUAGAUGAAUCGUCUAAUGAAAAUGGACGCCCCUUAAAUUUACGCGACUUUUUGAAACGUGAACUGCUGAAACAUCCAAAUUUCUCCACAUCAAGUUCAACAACAUCCAGUAUUGAUGAUUCACUGCGUAGUCAAUUCUUACAUUCUUUAAUUGGUUCCUUAACGCCACGUACAAAUGCAGCCACCAGUAAAUCAGGACAGCACACAUUAGAUCGCCAAAAGACUUCAACUCCCGUACCGGGUCAUUCAUCGCAAACUCGUUCCACACCAGGUACUGGAGAGAAUCCCUUAAAUACAACAAGUUCACAAUUGUUUUCGGGUGAAAGUCAUAUAUCAUCGGUGCAUGGUUGUGAUCGUUCGAAAAAUGCUGCCCGUUCAAAUGUAAGUGAAUCGGGGAAUCAAAGUUCGGAAUAG